AUUACUUGUGAGAAAUGGAGGCUGUGGAAGAAGCGAGAGAAACUAUUACGCCCGUCGAAGACGACGAUGAUCUUCCCACGCUGAGCUCUCACACACUUGAAGCUCUGAAACAGUUCCUCUCCGAACAAACCCAAGUCCAAGUCGACGACGACGCUAACUCAGCCCAAGUAAACGAUAAGGAAGUGUCGCUGGUUACGGAGAAUUGGAAUCUGAGCCAGUUCUGGUAUGACCAAGAAACCGCAGAGACCAUCGCCAAGGAAGUUCUUCAUCUCUCCCAGUUAUUUGAUUCUCCUUACGCCGCUUGUGUUGCCUGCCCCACUCUCUACGCAUAUAUCAAGAAAAUCGAUCCAAAUGCACAUGUCCAACUUCUCGAGUAUGAUACACGUUUCCAGAAAUAUGGAAAUGAGUUCACAUUUUAUGAUUAUAAUCAACCGGAGGAACUUCCAUCACCCUUGAAGAAUGCCUUUCAAGUUUUAAUUGCAGACCCGCCUUAUCUGAGUAAGGAGUGCUUAGAGAAAGUUGCGCAAACAAUCUCAUUUCUCAAGCAAAAUGGGAAAUGUUACAUACUUCUACUAACAGGGGAAGUGCAGAAGGAUAGGGCUGCAGAACUACUAGACCUACAUCCUUGCGGUUUUAGGCCUAGGCACUCGAGCAAACUUGGGAAUGAAUUCAGAUUGUAUACCAGUUACGAUCCUGAGACGAGGUUAGGCGGUUGGGAACGCGACUGAUAUUCAUUAUUCUUUUUUUUGUAUUUGAAGACAAUCAGACAAUUUUGUAGUUGUUGGUUUACCAUCUUGUGUUUUAUGUGUCCUCUUAAGUAAAGAUAUGGCUGAAACUUAGAGCUUAUUUAAUGUAGGGUUGCUUAAAGAAAAUGUUUGUUGA